AUGGUGAAGAAAGCGGCACCGAAGAAUCCGGCAGCGAAGAAACUUGAAUUCGACAAUUCCGUUGCUGAAAUGGCUGUUGAAGCUCCUCGAAGGCGAGGAAGAAGGCCAAAUGCUGUUUCUGAAGAAAUUCCUGUUGCUAAGGAAUCUGUGUCUAUAAAGAAGAACAAAAAGGCUGGCAGUCCGAAAUCAAAAGCAAUUGAGCUUGUAUCUGAAAAAGAACCAAUUGAAGAAGAACAACCUAAUCAACUAGUUUUACAAAAUUCUUCUCUGGUUGACGUUCCACAGCUUGAAUCUCAUCAACUAUUCAUUCACAAGUUUAAUUUUGAUACACAAUGUUCAGGAGGUUCAUUGUGUAAAUUAAUUAAAGACUUCUCUCCUGAUCAAAAGGCAUGUGUUCAAGAGAUAGGGUUUGGAGGAUUGUUAGGCCUUCAAUUAAGUCGAAAAAACACUCAGAUGAUGUACUGGUGCAUCAAGUGCUUUGAUGGUGUGAGUUCUCUGUUUACAAUCAGUGAUUCCAAGCAAUUUGAAAUCACUGAUUAUGAUGUGUACUAUUUGUUUAUGCUCCCCCUUUCUGAGCUGGAGGUUGAAGGGGUUAAACGUGGGCACAAUUCCACUAAUCCUGAUUUUGAUUUGAAGAUCAAGUGGAGAAAAGAGUUCGGUUUUGAAGAGGUCAAUGCUCAAAUUCCUAUAAGGUUGCUUGAGGACAAGAUUAAAUUGUUGACAGAUGGUGGUGAUCUGUUUAAACAAUUAUUUGUUUUUGUUGCUUUCUCUACAUUUUUUACUCCAACAGCCAAUAGGACUGUAGAUUUGAGAUUGGCUAAGGCUUUGGAAGAUCCUAAAAUGAUUUCCAAAUACAAUUGGUGUAAAUACGUUCUUGACGUAUUAUGUGAGGAAACAGUGAAAUUUAAAAAUUGUUUAUUGAAAGGCAAAGAUCAAAAGACAUUUGGAGGCUGUGUUGUGUUUUUGCAACUUGUGUAUUUUCAGAGGAUUAAGUUUAGGAAUUCCAGUGGUAUUUCUGAUCAAUUACCUCUUAUUCAGCAUUGGACAUCGAAGAUGGUAACCGAUCGGAUUCAUGCUGAAAAUGCCAAUAUGAGUGCAUUAUAUGGUUCUGGUAUAUUGGAGAAGGAGAAGUAUCCAAUUUCCAAAAAGUUUGUUUUUGUUGAUGGUCAAAUAGAUUUGACCCAAAUCAAAUCUAUUUCGAAAGAAAAUGAAGCUGGCAGCAGUGGGGGAAGAGCUGAACAGCCCUAUGUUGGGCGUCGAAUUCCAAGUCGGCGUCCUAGGAUUCUUCAGUUUGAAAUCCCUAAUUCUCAUCCUACAGAUGAAGAAAUUUUCUCUAAAGCCACUGAUGAUUUUCAUGGUCAGUGGUUGUUGAUGAAGAGAGAUCUGGAUGUAGUUUCAGCCAUCCAUGCUGAAGAGCUGUUCAAAUUAAAGGCUUCAAUGCCUUCGCAGAACCAUGGCGAUGAUAUUUUGGAAAAUUCCACUUAUCAAAAGAUGGUUGAUGAGUUGGUGGAGAUUCAUCAGUUGGUGAAGAAUCUACCAAAUGGUUGGGAUGACAUUUUUGGUUCAAGUAACAAUCCAGUUGUUACUGCUGCCCCUCAACCUUCUGCCGUUGUUCCAACUCAGCCUGCAGUUGUUACAGUUGCUGUUGUUGAUGCAACAACAUCUACCGAAGAAAUUAUUCGAGAAGUUAAUCCUGACACUCAAAUAAAUGCAGUUCUUGAUUCUUUGAAAAGCAAAGCUAAAGAAAUUACGGAGGAUGAUGAUGAAGAAAUAGAAGAAUAUGAGCGCGUGUGGUGGACUGCAUUUCAAAAAUGCAUCAUUAACAACCAUGCUGUAUCAAGAGUGAAUGUCAGUGUCUAUGGCAUAGAGGAAAAUGUGAUGCUUAUGUCUCCGUUUAUGAUAGCAUUUGAAGAUUUAAUGAGGCAUCUUCCAGCAUUUGUUCAAGAAGUUGUGGACUUUGCUGCUCUGACUGAUGGAGAGGGUAUUUUGACUGAGUAA